AUGCAAACAUCGGCAGCCCAUCGUGCAUUGGACUCUAGCGAUGUGUUCGGUUAUCUGCAUGGAACUGCAUCGCCGGACGAUCAGAAGGCCUGCGAGACUGCGGGGUGCUCUGUACUUUCGGCUUCCCCGCUGCUGGCAAGGCUCAGCAAGCGGGCAAAAACGCAAGAUGCAGAGUCUGCGGAGUCGAGCGCUAACACCCUCCCACAGAUCUCCCUUCCGACGCCUUCCAGAGCAUCAAGGCCUGAUCAAAGCAACGCGGCGCAAGUUCUACACGAGAUGGACAUACCUGUCCAGCUCGCGAAAUCCCAAAGCUUGCCAGGAGGAAGCAAGAGAAAAGCAGAGAUCUGCGAGGACCACUCAAUGGCUCGCGCUGUGCGGCUGCUUUUGGAGAAAAGCAUCCCAGAAGAUUCUGGCAUGAAUGGGACAGCUUCCUGCGAAGCCUCCUUGAGCGGACUCUCGGCCUUGCAGGAGGCCCUGCGGACUGAAGGCCACGAGGUGGUCCUGCCUGGGCGGAAGCAGCUCUCCGGACUUCUUGAAUGGCAAGCCUUGAAGAUUCCGGCAGAAAUCCUUGCACUUGGCGGAACAGAAUCGAAACCUGGGCGACGUCCGCUUGGUAGAUGGCUCUUCCGAGCGGGAGAGCAGUCGGAGUCGCAGUGCGGGCAGCAAGUGUCAGCGAGGCUUCUCCUAAACCUUGAUACCGUCUUCGGAUGCUUCAAGCACCUGCCGGGCAGCAAGCUUCCAUGUGUGUCUCAGCCGCAAAGCGUCUUCGAAUGUCGAGCUGCCAGUGCCGGUGCUCAUGCCACGCGGAGUCGACGGCAAUCUAUCAAGCGGUUCAAGCUGGAGCUGCAGAAUAACAGACUGGACCCCGCUGCUGCGCAGCCGCCAAGUUUUCGGCGAUAUCCCCUGCGUCAGGAGCAACUGAGGUCCCUGUACUGGAUGCAGCAGCGUGAAUGCGAGACGGAACUCUUCGACUUGACGCUGCACCGCGUCAGGGUGGACCCUCUGGCCCUUGAGGAGCCCCUGGCAGUAUCAAACAUCCAGGCCAAGUCGUCAACCCAGCUUGGGUGGCAGCUGGAGCUUCGACAGCGGCAGUCCGUGAUCUUGCGAGGCGGCAUACUCGGGGAUGCACCCGGCUACGGCAAGACCGCCACAAUGAUUGGCCUCAUCGAUGCUAGUGCUGGCACUCGCGACUGCCAGCUACACCUGCCAGCCGAGAGCGAACCCUACUUCUUCAAGUCAAGGGCAACACUUGUACUGGCCCCUUCAAAUCUGCUGAAACAGUGGGCUGACGAGAUCCAGAAGUUCACUGCCUACCCGGAAGGAUCCACCAAACUGGAGGUACUUUUAAUUGGGACAGCAGCCCAGCUGAAGAUGCUAACGGUGGACAAGAUCAGCAGAGCUGACAUCGUGAUUUGCUCCUAUCGCUUGCUGUACUCCCCGGUAUACAGGCGGCGCUUGCAAGAGCUUUCAGGUGACUUCUCCCAAGUGUCCAAUGGCGAGGCAGCUCGCAUGGCUGUCGACAUCCAAAGCUUGCGUCGAAACACCAAGCGAUUUCGUGAAAAUCCCAGCGAGCUUGGAUGGCUGCAAAUUCCGGAUUCGUCAGUGGGCAGCCCGCAACGAGCGAGCGUGGCGGCAGCCAGCAGCGACGCCAACAACCUUUGCUUUCCAGUGCUGGAACAGAUGUGGUGGAGAAGAAUCGUCUUCGACGAGUUCCACGAACUUGAGGCAAUAGGUGACACGGCGCAGUUCGACUCCUUGCAGUGUAUUUGCGCCGGUUGCCGCUGGGGCCUGACAGGCACUCCGCCUACCCGAGACUUGUCACAGGUGGCGACAUUGGCGAAGCUUUUUCAGCUGCCAGGCUUGCCCUGCGAGGAUGGCACUGAGUAUGAACUUCAGCUUGCACAGGAAAUGGCUCGAUCCUUCUUGGAUCGAUUCGCCAGGCAGAACACGAGCGAAGAGAUCGAGACGGUGCCUUUGAACGAGCACCUUGUUGCAGUGGAACAGACACCGGAGGAGCGUGCAAUCUACUUGCAAGCUUCUCAUGACCUUUGCCAGGCGAGUGGGGCGUCGCUCGAUAUCACUGGCGAGUCUCGUGGCGUAGAAAGGCUUAUCAAGCUGUGCUCCCACUUUGCUGCAUAUUCUGGCAUGGCUUCCGGAUCAUCCGCGGAUGCCGGGACGGAAUGCCGCCGAAUCUUGUCCAGCAAAGAGCAGCAAGCGAAAAGAGCAGCAAACCAAAUGCAGCGCUGGGGCAUCCGCUUGGAACUGCGCCUUCGAGAGACUUCCGCUGUCAGUUGCGGUCAGCGAUUCGAGCUCCAGACUGGGAUCUUGCGUCGUCUUGGAGCAACUGUACCGGAGGCCCCAAUGUCUUGCACUGGUGGGCAAGAUCACGAGCUUUCCGAUGCCCCUGUCAGUGCCCAAGACGACAUCAUUAGUACCUUGGCUGCUGUCUCCCAGCCAGCAGCUGCUGCAUCUGCCGCAGCUUGCCUUGUGGAGGUUGCGCGUAUGUGCUUGUCGGAGCUGCAGCGAAGAGCCGGCGAGUUCGAAGAGACGCAAGACGUUCUCCAAGAUCGCAUGGUGGCGGCUGCAGAGGCAGCGAGCUCUUCCCAGAGAUCCCUUCAGUUCUUCCAGCGAACGCUGGCGGCUGCCCGGGGUGAGGCAUCAUCUGCACAAAGAUCUUGCAGCAUAUGCUUGGAGGAGGAUCUGAACGAGGAAGACCUGUCCAUAACGACUUGCGCCCACGUCUUUCAUACUACCUGCCUUCAAGAAGUGGUGAAGAAGUUCGGAAACUGCCCCGAAUGCCGGCACAAGCUGGGAAAGAGCGAUGUCACACGCCUUGCCAAAGAACUCCAAGCACCUCGUCCGGGGCGAGGCUGCAAAUUGCGCUGCAGCUUAAAAGCGUUCGAGAAACAGGCCGGAAGCAAACUUGCAGCGCUGGCGGUGCACUUGAAAAAGGUGCAUGAAAGUGGUGAAAAGGCUUUGGUCUUCUGCCAGUGGGAGGAUUUGAAAAGGUGUGUUUCUGCUGCGCUGGAUGCUUUGGGUGUGCCGCACUUGGAGUUGGUCGGGUCCGUCUUCCAACGGGCGGAGGUGCUCCGCCGUUUCCAGGAUGAAGAUGGCGAUGGCGCAGAUGGUGGCGGCCGCUCCCUGCUCCUUUCGCUGGAACACGCCGCCAGUGGCACGAACCUCACCGCCGCGAACCAUGUCGUCUUCGUCCACCCGAUGUAUGCGACCUCCGCAGAACGGGCUGUGGCUUAUGAAGCCCAAGCAAUUGCUCGUUGUCGUCGCUACGGCCAACAGAAGCCCGAGGUGAACUGCUGGCGCUUCGUCACUUGCGGGACGAUUGAGGAGAGCAUUACGGCCUCCCACCAGAAAGAGCUGUGGCGACGCGAAGCCGGGAGGGAUGCAAAACAUGACUCGCUUGCACGGGAUCAUGGGAGGGCCUGA